AUGGCAAGAAAAUAUUUUGUAUCUGCUAACUGGAAAUGUAAUGGUACCAAGGAUAGUAUAAAAACCUUGGCAGACAGUUUUAAUACAGUGGAUUUCGAUCCAACCAAACUAGAUGUUGUUGUAUUCCCUGUAAGUGUACACUAUGAUCUUACUAGAAGCUUAUUAAAUAAAAAAAUAGGAACAGGUAUUCAAAAUGUUUCAAAAUUUGGCAAUGGUUCAUAUACUGGUGAAGUUAGUGCAGAAAUUGCAAAAGACUUAAACAUCGAAUAUGUUCUAAUUGGCCAUUUUGAAAGAAGGAAAUACUUUAAUGAAACUGAUGAAGAUGUAAGACAAAAAUUACAACAAGCUAUCAAAAAUAAUUUAAAAGCUGUUGUAUGCUUUGGUGAAUCACUAGAACAAAGAGAAGCCAACAAAACUAUCGAAGUAAUCACAAAACAAGUAAAAGCUUUUGUUGAUUUAAUUGAAAAUUUUGAUAAUGUCAUAUUAGCUUAUGAACCCAUAUGGGCUAUUGGAACCGGAAAAACAGCCACACCAGAACAAGCACAAGAAGUUCAUAAAGAAAUUAGAAAAAUUGUAAAAGAAAUAUGCGGUGAAGCUCAAGCAAAUAAAAUCAGAAUUUUAUACGGAGGUAGUGUUAGCGUUGAAAAUUGUACUUCAUUAAUUAAACAAGAAGACAUCGAUGGUUUCUUAGUUGGAACAAGCUCAUUAAAGACCUCGUUCACUGAAAUUAUUAAAUCUGCCAUGUAA